AUGCAAAUUAGCACCGAGAAAAAAAAAACCUGCGAGGAGUGGCAUUGGUGCGGAUUUCGUUCCGACAUGCUGGGUGACAUCGAGAUCCCCUUCCUGAUUCCAAAGUGGGGAGUGUUCUUGUUGGCGCAGCUGAUGGCGUGGAUGAACCUCUGCUAUCCUCCGUCGAUGAGCGACUACAACACCGUGAAUCUGCGCGACGAGUACGACUACGUGAUCGUGGGUGGCGGGCCGGCGGGCUGCGUGUUGGCGAACCGGCUGUCUGCCAACCCCAAUGUGACCGUCCUGCUGUUGGAGGCUGGUGGCCUAGAGAACGCGGCGACGGACGUGCCUAUGUUUGCGCCGCUCCACUUCCACGGUCCCUACGACUGGGACUACCACACCGAACCUCAGAACAACAGCUGCCAGUCCAUGGAGGACAAGGUCAAUCCGUGGCCCAGGGGCAAAGUGCUGGGCGGUUGCAGUGUUCUCAACUUCAUGAUGUACGUUCGCGGGAACAAGCGAGACUUCGACUCGUGGGCCCACGACUACGGUGCCCAUGGCUGGUCUUACGAGGAGGUGCUGCCCUACUUCAAGAGCAUCGAAACGUUCAACGUGGAGGAAUUCGCCGACAAUGGUUACCACGGACACAAGGGCGAGCUGCCGAUCGGUUACCCUAAUACUAAGACGGUUCUCAGCGAUGUAUUCCUCGAAGCGGGCAAGGAAUUGGGGUACGAUUACGUCGACUACAACGGUCCUACGCAAACGGGUUUCUCUCGGAUUCAGGUAAAUGUGAAGGACGGCCAGCGCUACAGUUCGAGUAAAGCCUUCAUUCAACCUAUUGUGGGGAAACGGAAGAACUUGCAUAUCUCUCUGCUCAGCAUGGCUACCAGGAUUCUGUUCAAAAAGAAGCAUGCGUACGGAGUCAAGUUUGAAAGAGGCGCCGAAGACCGCAAGGUGCUGGCCAGGAGAGAAGUGAUCGUGUCAUGCGGCGCCAUCGGCACGGCUCAACUCUUGAUGCUCUCGGGCAUUGGACCGGCGCAUCACCUGAAAGAGCUGGACAUUCCCGUGGUCGCUGACCUGCCGGUGGGAGAGGGUCUCCAGGACCACUUCUUCGUCGGGGGAAUAGCCGCCACCACGCAGACGGACGCCGAGCUGAAUCUGAAGAGCAUCUCCACCGUCACCCAGUACGCCUUCGGCUCGAAAGGGCCCCUGGCCGUGCCGGCGGGUAUCGAAGCCGUCGCUUUCGUGAGCACUCCGCACGUGAACGCCAGUUUGGACUUCCCGGACAUCGAGAUAGUGCUACUGUCCAUCUCGCCCAGCAGCAGCGAGGGAGAGCGCUACCUUCUGGACAGCGGGCUCACGAAGGAGGUGUACGACGCGUACUACAAGCCUCAUCGCGGCAAGUUCGGCUUCCAGCUGGCGCCCGUACUGAACAGGCCCAAGUCCAGGGGCUACGUCCGGCUAAAGACCACAGACCCGCACGGCAAACCUCUCAUCAACCCCAACUACCUCUCGCAUCCCGAGGAAGUCGAGGCUGCAGCGUUCGGCAAGUGCAAUGUCAUAAAAUCAUUCUACAAAACCAACAACAACCAAACAUCAAAACACGUUUCCGUGCAUAUAAUGAAUUGCGCCAAGAAGGCCGUGGAGAUCAUGCAGACUGCGGCGUUCGCGAGGCUGGGCACGCGGCUGUGGCCCACGGUGUUCCCGGCCUGCGAGGGCGAGGGCGACGUGUGGAGCGAGCAGUACCUGCGCUGCAUGGCCACGCAGUACACCUGCACCACCUGGCACCCCUGCUGCACGGCCCGGAUGGGUGACGGCCCCCACGCCGUGGUCGACAGCAGGCUCAGGGUUCGAGGCGGAGUGGCGGGACUGCGCGUGAUCGACGCGUCCGUGAUGCCCAUCGUGAUCACGGCCAACCUGAACGCAGCGACGCACAUGAUCGCCGAGAAGGGAGCCGCCAUGAUCCAGGAGGAGUACGACCCGAAGCCCUCCGGCGUCUAG